GGAGCCUGGAUGCUACGUGCGCAUGCCGGCAGGGUGCGUGAACCACCACAUGAACACUGGAGAGUGGCAGCUCGACGUGUGGGCGGAGCAGGCGGGGCUCGCCGCGGUUGCGGAGCUCCUCUGCAAGCAUCGCAAGGACUCCUGGGACUCCUACUGCGGCAGCAAGUCCACGGAGAUGAGGUUCGUCGCUCCCAAGAAGGAGGCCCAGGCGGCACCCGUCGCCCUCGCGGCGAAUCCGCAGGCGGCGACCCUGGCCGCGGACGGCCCGGCGGACGGGCGGGUGGUCUAUCAGACGACGCCGCCGCCGCCGCAGCAGCAGCUCGUGGAGGAGGCCGCCGCGCCGCCCGCGCAGAAGGCUCCUGAGCAGCUGCAGACCUCGAACAUCGCGCAGAAGUUCGAGAAGUACCUGGCCAAGAAACCAGUGCUGGUCAAAGAGGCGGUGGUGCCCGCGGAGGCGGCCGCCCUCGCCACCGAGCCUGCAGGCUUGCGCGUGGCCUCCCAGAAGCCGCCGCAGCCUGCAGAGCCCGCCCCUGCGGCACCGGUUGCCCUGGCGGCGCAUCUGCAGGAGGCGGUGCCCGUGGAGGCGGCGCCUGCCAAGGCCGCUGGCCUCAGCACCGGCACGCCGGCGGGCGGGAACGAGCUCGCGGAGCCUGGGUGCUACGUGCGCAUGCCGGCGGGUUGCAACCUCCACCCCAUGAACACGGGAGAGUGGCAGCUCGACGUGUGGGCGCAGCAGGUGGACGAGGCCCACUGCGCGCAGCGCAAGGCCUCGUGGGACUUGUACUGCGGCAUCGAGUCCACGGAGAUGCUGUACGUCGCCGCGGGCACGGAGGGCCGAUUGGCGCAGGCGCAGAAGGCCGCGAAGGACGCCGACAACGCCACCUCGGCCCAGAACAAGACGAACUGGCUCGUGGAGGCGGCCAAGCGCGAGGCAGAGGCGCGCCGCUCUUCUGGCUCGCGGGGCCUCGUGAAGCAGAGCCUGACGGCGAUGGAGACUGGGACGCCGGCCAGCUUCGUGGCAGCCCUGCGCGUUCCGAAAUCCAACGGGGGCGACAGCAUCGCGAAGAUCUUGGGCUGGCAGUUGGAUGUCGAGGGCGACGGUGUCCCCAUCACCAUCGGCAAGGUCCGGCGCACGGGCUCGGUUGCUGCCUGGAACGCAGCCCAUCCGAAGCAGGCGAUCCGCGCUGGUGACCAGAUCGUCAAGGUCAACGGGGUUCCUUGGCGUCAGAACUCGCUGCUGUUCGCCGAUCGAAUUGCUAAGCAGUUCCAAGCCUCCCAGGAGCAGACCAACGGCGCCUCCAGGCUCCUGUACGUGACGGUGCAGAGGGCUGCGACGGAGGACCUGGACGGCAACAGCUCGGACCAGAGUAAGGAUGUCCUUGCCGCGGAGACCAGCGCGGGCAGUCACCGUGUGGAUGCGGAAGCCAAUGCCACCGUGGACGUGGGCGCCACUGCUGCCAGGACCGCUGGGCUGCCCGAGGCUCCGGGGUGCUACGUGCGCAUGCCGUCGGGAUGCAGCUUCCACCCCAUGAACACGGGAGAGUGGCAGCUCGACGUGUGGGUGGCCAAGGCGGAGGAGCUUGCCUGCAUGCAGCGCAAGGC